AACAUUGACAGGCUUACACCCAGGGUUUAUUAAAACAGUCGUGAACAUAACAAGCAGGUCUCUGGACAUAAAGAAGGAUUAGGCUAAUUCGCAGCUGAACGUUUCUGUGUAGUAGCCGCCGGUCUGAAGACUCAAGUCGGCGCUUUGACCGCCGUUGAAGUUCACUCUCUAUAACAUCCAUUUCGAUUUUCUUGGAAUUUAUUUCGAGGAAAAUAUGUGCAUCCGUUUUAUUUUGGUCUUUGGGUAAAAUUUAUGAAAUGGAUUAUUACAAUUUAUAAAAGAUUCGUGAUGGAUAUAACGUUGACGCCAUUCAAAAGGCGUUACGUCGAAAACUGGCGUAAGGAUGUACAGAAACAUUUGGAGGAGGGGUCAAUAUGCCGUAUUGUUGUAGCACAAAUCAACAGUGAUGACGAGGAAGGUUCAGAGCAACCCGUGAAUCCAACAACCCCGCUACCUCCCCCACCCUCAGGAAACCGCGGCAAGCAAAUCUCGCGAGAAAAAUCCUCAUCUGAAAAACUAGCUGACAUUGCGGUCAGUAGCUCUCUACAUAUACAAGCUUUCCCCUCCGUUAGAUUUAUGUACACCAACGCAGUGGAACAGCAGAAGAAAAAUUCAGAAAAACUUUUCGGUGGAAUUCCCGUGAGUGGUCGGCAAGUUUCGCGGAAAGACGUAGCGGAAGCGGUCAAUGUUUCCGAGGAUAAAAACGAGUCGAAGCCCCUUGUGAUUGUAGAUCCACAGUUGAUGACGCCAUUAGAACAUCCGGAACUGAGUACGCAAGAAAAUAAGAAACCGAGCAAAGAUGUUCGCUUUCCGAUGAAGAUUACCUCUCUCCAAUCUCAGGGUGAAUCAAAAAAAUACGGCAGGUUGCCUCUUUUUGCCAAAUGUAAAAUCCAAUCAACAGAACGGAAUAGUUUUGUUGUAUCAAGGUCAAACUUACUGAAAAACGGAAAAGCCAAAAAUCACAGUUUCUUGACAUUACCGGUGAGAUUUCAAGUUCAAGCUCAGACUAAUGACCGGUUAAUCCAGAGUUCGGAUAAAUACAUUCUAAAAGAGAAAACAAACCUAUCACAAACACCCAGAAAAGACUUCCGGAGAUCUCCAAGAAAAGUGGAUUUCCCCCUCGCCACCCCUCGCGUAUCUUCCAACACCGUUUGGGCGUGGUGAUGACGGACAACCAUUAAUUAAACAAGCUUAUUUUUAUUGUUCCAUUGACCCCUGCAUAACCUUAUUAAGCUACAAUAACGGCACUCGUUGAUUCAAUUUCUUCCUUUGUCUCUUUAUUUUAUUAAAAGCAAAAAAAAAGGUUAUCACUGAUGAAGAAGAAAAAUCAAUUCAUGGAUAUCCAUUAUAUAGCGUAAUUCCUGAUAUAGUAUACUACUUUUUGACACAUUACUGUCAGUUUUUUUUAAAGGGAUCUUCCCGUAUUAAUAUUUUGGAAUUGAUUUCUUUAAUCAUGAUAGAAAUAAACGUCUUCAUGAUAAGAAUUUUAAAAGGAUGGUUAGAAAAAAUAUACUGAAGGAUUAUCCUCAAUACAAAACUUACAUCAAAGAUAAGCGUCAAAAUUGACCUCAAAGUGUUUUUAAGGCUUAACUUUUUGAAAAAAUUAAGAUUGCAUUGAUAGAUAAAUUAAAGGAGACCUUUCGCUUUCAAAAAUGUAUCUCCUUUUUCCUUGAAAUGGUAAUCUCAUAAAAGAGGGAUCAUAUGGUUUAACUUUGUUCUUGACUAGAUAUUGUACAAAUAUUGCUGUAGAUCUAAAAAAAAAAAAAAAUAUCUGUACAACAUCGCCGUUCACGUUUUGUUUUCGACAACAAAGUCUGACCUUAGGCCAUUAAGGUUUGAUCCCUCUGGCUUAGUAUCGGAAUCUUUACUGCGUGAUGUCUAUAAAAAUAGCAUAUGUCACUUGUCAGAGACCCUAAGGCAAGAAAAUCUCGCUCAUGGACAAUGCAUUUGCACGUAAUAAAAUAAUCUUAAGUGGAAUAAACCCUCACAAUCAAGACUCGUUUGAGUGCUUUAGAGAAAUUAAUAAUAACUGAAUCCUUAUCGAAUUUUUAAUAUGUGACCGUUCAGGUCGCGAAUAAACUUGCACAUUUUAAUCCUUCGAUGAAGAUUUAGGCAUUUAAUUAUAUUUACCUCUUAAAUAGUGUUAUUAGUGCUUAGCAGGAUACGGAAUUUUAAAAAAUCUUUUAAAGACCAAUAUAUCAAAUCCAACUUGUUUACCAUGUAACUUUUUUAAAGCUGUUUGAUUAUCAUUGAUAUGUCAUUUUCUGUCAUUAAAUUUCACCGAAAUCCUC